AUGAGCCACCUGGAGCCACCUACUGAGACUCCUAAGCUUGAAAGUCCCACCUGCCAGCCCAACCCAUAUACACAACCUUGGGGAGAGUCCCCAUUUGGGGCCCACCAAGACAGCCUCACACUGAGCUCCCACAGUGCGGAUGAGAGCCAGGCCAAGCUAGAUGCCCUUCAUGCCAUCCACUCGCAGCUCCAUGCACGGCUCACCAGUAGCUGCCCUGGGCCUUGUCAUACCAACUCUGGCUUCCACCUGCCGAACAGCACGCCUUGUACAGGGAGCAAGAAUGCACUCUAUUACCGAUUGGUGUGUGUGGAUGAGGAUGUAUGGCACAUGCCUGCCACCACAUCUCCAGGGACUCUGCCAGAGGGCACACUGACUGCAAUGCCCUGAAGAGGCCCAGCCACACUGGCCACAGAGGUACCUGAGCACACAGUGGCCCAGUGGCUGGAGGAGCUCAGCUGCCAUACCACACCCUCAGCCACACUCUUGGCUGCCAGCCUGGAAUGCCUACCUGUCCUGCUGCCCUGCACCAGACCCUCUGCUACUCAGCCAUGACAGGGACUGCAGGCACUACUUUAGGGGCCAGGGCCAGAGCUGCGCUGCCAGGGUGCUCCACUAGGAUGCUGGCUGCAGUUGCAAUGCGCAGUGCUGCUCAUGCCCCUAGCUGAACACGCUGUCGGAAGCCAGGUACCGGUCCAGGACUGGCUUUGCUGUGAGCACCUGACUGAGGCCACCCAAGUGUCGCUGGGGCAAACCCUGGUGCUGCUGUGGACUGAUCCCAAGAGUGGACACCCUUGA